AUGAAACUUUUGCGCUUAUUUCAGGAGUUGGAGGCCCUGGAGAGUGUUGUUGCAGCAGCAGCAGCAGCAACAGCAGCAGCAGCAGCAGCAGCAACAGCAAAGCUGCUGCUGCAGCUGCAGAACGCCAUCACCCGCUGCUCCUUCGCAGCAACAAAGAGAUCUCCAUCUCAGCUCGUGCAGCAGCAGCAGCAGAUGGUUGCUGCUGCCUCCGCUGCUGCUGCUGCUGCUGUUGCUGCAGCUGCUGCAGGUGAUUCCGCGGCAGACGCAGCAGCAGCAGCUGCUGCUGCAGCAGACGCAGCAGCAGCUGACGCUGCUGCUGCAGCAGCAGCAGCAGCAGCAACAGAGACCACCAAGAAGACGCUCCCAGAGAACGCAGCAGCAGCAGCAGCAACAACAGCAACAGCAACAGCAGCAGCAGCAGCAACAACAACAGCAGCUUUUACAGCAGCAGAUGAUAUCUUAAUUAACAACGUUGAGCCCUUGCUGUGGCAGCUGCAGCAGCAGUUACUGCAGCAGCAGCAGCAUGCAGCAGCUGCAGCAGCAGCAACCGAGGCGCUACAAAGUCUCUGCACCAUGAGCAGCAGCUGCAGCAGCAGCAGCAGCAGCAGCAGCAGGAGCAGCAGCAGCAGAGACAGCAGCAGCACCCAGCGCGACGCUGCCGUUAAGCUGCAGCUGCUGCAGGAGGUCGCAGCAGCAGCAGCAACAGCAGCAGCAGCAGGAGAAAAGGAAGCAGCAGCAGCAGCUGCUGCUGCUGCUACAGCAAAAGCUGCUCGCCUUGCUUGGCUUUCACUGCCCUUUGCAGCAGAACUGCAGCAGCUGCUGCCGCAGCUGCGCCGCAAGCUGCAGCUGCAGCAGCAGCAGCAGCAGCAGCAGCAACAGCAGCAGCAGCAGCAGCAGCAGCAGCGUAAGCUGACUGCACAGAGAACUCGCGAGUUUAUUACUUAA